AUGUCCAGCGUCUUCUACGCUGUCCUCCAUGUCAUUCUGGGCAUUCUGAUUCCUGUGGCCAACAUUGUGGUCAUAGUGAUCUUAUCAAAGAUGAUCAAAAAGAAGUGCUGCAAGAGCUACGUGUUCAUCCUGAACCUGGCCGCCGCCGACCUGCUGGUGGGUCUCAUGUGCAUCCUGGAGGCGCUGGAUGAUCUGCUGGAUGGGGACUUUGAUAGCAACCUAUUCUUCUGCCUCUUGCGCUUGUGCUUCACCAUCACCCCAUGCAUUGGCUCCAUGCUCACCCUGCUCUUGAUUUCACUCGAUCGCUACUUGGCAGUCAAGUUACCACUGUACUACGCCAAUAUCAUGAGCAACAAAUCUAUUUGCGCACUUAUUACCCUGAUUUGGGUAGUUUCUUUCUUCGUCGGCUACAUGCCCCUGAUGUCGCCUUCCUUGCAACAAAACGAUUACAAGGGCAUUUGUGGACUCUUCUAUGCUGCCAAAAACGAAUACCUGUACAUCCUGUGCUUCAUUGUGUUCCUGCCUGCUCUCCUCACCAUGAUCUGCCUGCACACUGCCGUAGGGAGAAUUGCCUACCUGCAUCACAUUCGCAUCCAGAGGACCCAGGUGGUAGGUGGGCUUCCAACCAACCCAGCAGCCCACUCAAACCACUUUAAAGCAGCCAGGACUGUUCUCAUAGUCAUCAUCUGCUUCAUCAUGUCGUGGGGCCCCUACUACAUCACAGGGAUCAUCCAAGCCACUUGUCAAAGCUGCAAACUGGUGGAUCUCAUGAAAGACAUUCUGUUUGCCUUAGGGGAAUUCAACUCUCUCCUCAAUCCCAUCAUUUACACCUUCUACUGCACUGAGAUCAGAAGCUACUUGUACAAAUACCUUGUGUGCAAAAGAAGGAAGGUGAAGCCCCAAACUUUAGCCAUUGUCCAUUUCACUAAUAUCAGGCAGGACUUGGAUGAUGAAGCGAUUGCUUCCCAGGGCUGUGAAGAUCCAGGUCCUGGAGUAGCUAUCUUCUUGGGUGCCAGUGAUUAUCGGAUGGAAGCAUCAGGCAGUUUUGUAGACAGUAAUGGCUCUUCUUUGCACGAUCGGCCAUUGUACAAGAUACUGUAA